AUGGAUAUCUCCUUGGGCAGCGACGUUGAAAUCUGCAGCAACGAAGACGGGUUCCUGGGUUCCUACUACGCGGCCAAGGUGAUUUCGAGAGCGGGCAAAGCAAGAUUCAGGGUCGAGUACGCGACCCUUCUGGCAAACGACCAGAAGUCGCCAUUGAAGGAGGUGGUUCGAGCUUCUGAUCUGAGGCCGGAGCCUCCGCAGAUUGGGGCUUCCAGUUUCAACGUGCUGGACAAGGUGGACGCGUACGAUCUUGACGGGUGGUGGGUGGGUCGGGUCACCGGGAGGAAAGACGGGUCCAGGUACGUAGUGCACUUCGAGUGCUCCGGGGAUGAGUACGUUUACCCUGUUUCUGCUCUGAGGGUUCAUCAGGAGUACGAGAAUGGGCAGUGGGUCCCUUCUCAGCAGAAGGCCCGGACACACCGGACACAGGCAUUCUGCAGGAAUGGAUCCCGCAAUGUGCGGACCCCGUUGUAG